AUGAGCGCAGCACUGUAUAAAAAGGCCAUCAUUCUAGUGCUCUCGGUGAUCUUCCUUUUGUGCGCGACAAACGGUAGUCGAUACGGUGUCCAUGUGUCGGCAUUUGACAGCAAAGCUUUGACACAUUCCGCAGCGAAAAGCGCAGACCUCGGCACGCCAAAGCAGGAUCAGAACGAUAACAAUCAGGAAUCUGACGAUGGUAUGUUUUGUGCCGUGAGAAACACUGUUACCGGGAACUAUAUCGAUUUGUCUCAACUGUCGGCAACGCCCAAUGAGCUUCGCAAGGGUCAGAAGUCCCGCAGAAACAGACACGACUCCGAAACGACACGUUGGCUGGUGAGAUCGCCCGAUUCAAGUGCCAAUUUUACGCUGGGUAUCUGUUCGAGUGCUACCGCGAGCGAUGACAAUCAGAUUUCGAACUCGACGGGCGCGUACUACGAGAGCAAUGACAGUGGAAAACUUGUUUCCAUAGGGGAUUUCACGUCGAAGCCGCAGUUUUUCGGUAAAAAACUCACGCUCAAGUACGCCAACGGCGACUUGUGUCCCAAUGGCGUCGAUCGUAAGGCCACGUUACUAAAUUUCGUGUGCGACAAAGAAAUUCAAACUAAAGCCCAAAUCAGUUUCAUCGGGUCCCUGCAUGACUGUUCGUAUUUUUUUGAGGUCCGAAGCGUGCACGCAUGCGCUACGUCGCAUAAGAGCAACGACGUCAACGUUCUGGGCAUUUUCGUUGGCAUUUUCCUCGUGUUUUUCAUCGUGGAAUUCGGAAGACGCUGGUUCUACAGAAAAAUGCGUUCUCGCUUAAGGCCCGCGCACACACUCUCAGGCGAAGUGACGCCGCGCUGGGAGAUGAUAGAAAGCCAGUCGCGUGUGAAGUCGUUUUUCAAGCGGCUUUUCGAAGGCGCGGCAAGACCCGCAUACACUCCGAUCAAACUGAACAGCGCUUCGCGUCACAACCGCAGUGAAGAGUCUCUCGCCCGGGAUAUGGAGGCCCAGAACCAGUUGCUGGACAACCUGGAAGUGGUGAGCGGAGACAGUUAG